AUGACCUAUUUGAACGAGAUGGAUGUCAUGGAAGUUGAUCUCAACAACAAGGCACUGACCUGGGCAGCCGUGCGGUCUGUUCAACGCAUUUUGAAACGUCAGGGCUACAGGCGUGGGAAGAAGGCCGGCUCAUCCAGCUACCAUUUGUCCAAGUCCAACGUGCUUGCUCGGGACUCGUACGUCAAGGUGAUGCAUCCAGUUGUGUGUGCAUCUCCGAAUGCCAGCGUUGUGUACCUGGAUGAGUCAUUCAUCCACCAGCAUUACAAGCGCCACAACGACAGCUUAUUCGACCCCAGCGACGACCUGGAUGUUCAACGCAAGGAAAACCACAAAGGGCGGCGUUACUGCUUCAUAGCUGACAUUCUGGACUCGCCGGACAUGGAGUGCCAGGUGGUAGCCCUUGACAGAGUUCACAUUCCUGCCACAUAA